AUGACACUUUCAAAGCUAUCUACGCUCCUAGCCUCUGCCUCUCUUUUUGCAGGCCAUGGCUAUGUCUCCAGCAUCGUAGCUGAUGGCAAGAAACCCCCUGACAGUGUCGGCUGGGCAACAACGGCAACCGACCUCGGUUUUGAAGACGGCACCGAAUACCAAGAUCCGAAUAUAAUCUGCCACCGAAACGGAGUCAACGCAGCUUUGAGCGCCACCGUCACCGCUGGCUCCAGUAUUGAUCUCCAAUGGACGACCUGGCCAUACUCACAUCACGGUCUCCUGAUAACUUACCUCGCCUCAUGCAACGGUGACUGCAGCACAAUCGAUAAGACGACACUAAAGUUCUUCAAGAUUGAAGAAGAUGGUCUCAUCGAUGGCGCAACUCCUCCUGGUACAUGGGCUACCGAUGAUCUUAUUGCUGCUGGAGGCCAGUGGACUGUGAAGAUCCCCCCUACUCUCGUUGCGAGUAACUAUGUUAUGCGCCAUGAGAUUAUCGCUCUGCACUCUGCUGGCCAGUUGAAUGGCGCUCAGAAAUACCCACAGUGCUUCAAUUUGGAAAUCACUGGCGGUGGAAGUGAUGUGCCGGAUGGCACGUUUGGUGAGGAGUUGUAUAUCAAUACUGAUCCUGGGAUCUUGUUCGAUAUUUAUUCUACGCUUACUUCGUAUAUUAUCCCGGGACCGGCUUUGUAUGCCUGA